GGACUUGUCGCUAAUCUUAACAAAAUGGCGACUGUUGUUGUUUUGCCGCAGGGUCGCUGAUUAAAUCCGUUUAUCGUUUCAACCCAUUUCUGCACCCGUAGUGGAGAAGCAAAGUGAAGAUAAGGUCAGGCACCAGAAGGACAGAUUCCAGCCGGGCCGAAAUGAAAGGAAAAGAGCGGACACCGAUUAAAAAACGGUCCCGGGCCCUGGAAGAUAUCCGAGACAGGGGAGGCUGUCAUCCGACCAGUAAGAAAAUGGGGGCUCUCUCCGUUUCCAGCGGGAGUAAUAAUGGAAAUAGCUCAACAAAAGGCGACGGCGGCACAACGAGAAGAAGUUUGCUCGUCGAGAAAAGAGACAGAGAGUUUGAUAGCCACGGCCGGACAGGAAAUAACCACAGCUGUCCGCCUGCUGUGGCUAAAAACCACAGUCUGAGUCUGACGCUGGAUUUAGCUUCACCGAGGGGCGUCUCUUCCCGGGCGGAGCAGCGGGUCCAGCCGCCCAGCGCCGAGAGUGAGUACAAAACACUGAAAAUCAGCGACCUGGGCUCCCAGCUGAGCGACGAGGAAAUAGAGGACGGACUGUUUCAUGAAUUCAAAAAAUUCGGCGAUGUGAGCGUCAAGAUGAGCCGCUGCAGCGAUGGACGCAUCGCGUUUGUGAAUUUUAGAAAGCCGGAGGACGCCAGGGCCGCUAAACACGCCAGAGGCCGACUGGUGCUGUACGACCGGCCACUGAAGAUCGAGGCGGUCUAUGUGAACAGGAGACGGAGCCGAUCUCCAGUGGAGAGGGAGUUAUACGUGGCGGCUCCGAGCCACAGGCAUCUACCGAGGCCCCUGUCGCCAACCGGCCUCGGGUACAGAGACUACCGGCUGCAGCAGCUGGCUCUGGGACAGCUGCCCCCUCCCCCGCCGCCCCCCUUACCCAGAGAACUGGAGCGGGACCGGGAGUUUGCUCUGUUUGAGGCCAGGGCGCGUCCUGCUUUCAUUGCUGAACGGGCAGGUUUCAGAGAAGAGGAUUUUAUCUCUCCUGAAGAUGAUCAAAGAGCCAACAGGACGUUGUUUCUGGGCAACUUGGACAUAAGUGUCACAGAGGCGGACCUGAGGAGGGCUUUUGACAGGUUUGGGGUUAUCACAGAAGUGGACAUAAAGAGACCCAUCAGAGGACAAACCAGCACCUAUGGAUUUCUGAAAUUUGAAAACCUUGACAUGGCUCAUCGGGCCAAACUUAGUAUGUCUGGCAAAACGGUGGGACGCAAUCCAAUAAAAAUAGGCUAUGGCAAACCCAUGCCCACCACACGUUUGUGGGUGGGGGGACUCGGACCCUGGGUGCCUCUAACUGCCCUGGCCAGAGAGUUUGAUCGUUUUGGAACAAUAAGGACUAUCGACUACAGGAAAGGGCACAAUUGGGCUUACAUUCAGUAUGAAAGUUUAGAUGCGGCACAGGCAGCCUGGACACACAUGAGGGGUUUCCCCCUGGGAGGACCAGAGCGCCGGCUCAGGGUGGACUUUGCAGACUCUGAGCAUCGCUACCCGCAGCAGUUCCUGCAGCCUCUCCCUAUACCGCCUUUUGACAUGGUGGCUGAAUCAUUUGUUCACCGUGCCACACCCGAACCUCUUCGGGUCAGAGACCGGACUCCCCCACCACUUCAUUUCAGGGAGAGAGAGCUAUUCCCUGGGAGCGACUGGCCCAACCCAGCCAUCCGUGAACGGAUUAGAGCCUCACCCUUUGAGCCUCUUGAACAUUUGGAACGGGACAGGAGAGUGAGAGAGCCGUGGUCUCUGGAACGAGAGCUGCAGGGACGAGAACCUCUACGCAAACGGCGUGCUGUGGAGGAGGGCCGCCACCUGGACCUCUCUCCCGACAGCACUGAAAGAACAGUUAGAAGGAGACGAUCAUCCCCAGAGGGGAGUCCUGGAGGCAGCAGCAGAGAUGGCGGGCGUUUCAGUGACUCAGAGCGCCCCAUGCGAGGUGAGAGGGCCUCUCCGGUGAGGGAACGCAACAGCAGCCUGGAGAAAGGCGGGACAGAACGCAGGCUAAAAAUCCAGAGUCUUACCGAUAAAGGACCUGGGGUAGCUGUUGGAGAACGCAAGCGAAAAGCAGUUGAUGGGGGUAAAGGCCCCGCCAAGAGAGAACGUUCUGAAAGCAGCUCCAAGGGAGGUCCGCUGUCCAAGUCAGAUGGUACUAAACUCAGUCUAGCCUGGCAAGGCAUGCUCCUCCUGAAGAACAGCAACUUCCCAGCUAACAUGCACCUGCUGGAGGGUGACCACAGCGUAGCCAGCGACCUUCUGAUCGACAGCUCAACAGGAAGGCAGGUCAGCGAGCUGAAAAUCACCCAGCGUCUCCGCCUGGACCAGCCCAAGCUCGACGAAGUAUCCCGGCGCAUCAAGGUGGCCGGUCCUGGUGGCUACGCAAUCCUUCUGGCCGUUCCCGGGACCAUGGAGGAUACAUCAAGCGACUCUGCAGCUUCGACCCAACGGCCGCUCCGCAACCUGGUGUCCUACCUCAACCAAAAACAAGCAGCUGGAGUCAUCAGCCUUCCUGUGGGGGGCAGCCGGGAUAAAGACAACGCAGGGGUCCUUCAUGCUUUCCCUCCCUGUGAUUUCUCUCAGCAGUUCUUGGAUUCAUCUGCCAAAGUUCUGGCAAAAAGCAAAGAGGACUAUCUGGUCAUGAUUGUGGUUCGUGGCGCAUCAUAAGAAGUGACCAUACACUAAAAUGAAGUGGAGUUUAGGAAAAAACAAAACAAAAAAAAACAACCCUUGCUGUAUGUCAGCAGUUAUUGCAUGCUGUGUGUUCUGCAUCCUGGGGUUCAGUAGUGUGCUUCUCCAGUGUCUGAAUGUUGCCAUAUAAUCCACUAAAAAGGACAAACCUUGCCCUUCUAUGAAACUAAAAGGUCAUUUAAGUACAUUUCAAUGGGUGUUUGAUCCUAAGCUCAAUCAAAAACCUGCUGUUUUAUCAGACUUCUGGAAAAUGUUAAAAAUAAGGGGAUAUUACAAAAUAUAAAUUCGUACAAAUCCCAUUUACAUUUCUGAGCCUUAAGAUCAUAUUUAGAUUUUUUUUUUUUUUUUUGGUCCAUCAAAAGGUCAAAAUGGUUACUUUAUCCAACAUAAAUGUUAGAUGUUAAAUGGUUUUAUAGUAUACCCCCACCAUGACAAUUAAACUACCAAUUAAAAAGAGAAUAAUAUCACACAUAUAUAUAAACAUCCAAAUGGUCAUCUUUGUUUUUAGGCUGCUCUAUUUGAUGUCAUCAGCCUGUAAUGGCUGUGUUAUUACAGCAACUGUCCCCUGGUUAUGUGAACAGGGCAUGACUUACAGUAAUGCGUUAAGUUAUGUGUUGAAAUUUAAAAUUGUUAACUUUUCAAGUAUAGAAAUGAAGCGGAGCGGAAUACUUUUUCAACUCGGGAUGCAAAGAGGAGGGAAAGUAUUUUCAGAGCAAGUUUAGAAAAGUUGCACACUUCUCCUCCAGUUGAGCACUUUAAAUAUACUACCUUAGAUAUUUAUAUUUGUUCUACUAAAGUGGCCCCAUACGUCUAAAAGGGUUUUGAAUUGCUGGAGAAGCGUGCUGUGUGUUUUAAUGACAAAAUGUUUUGCCAGGGUCAAAGUUGGAAAUAUGAUGUAAAGGUCAACGGUUAAAACAUUUCUUGAUACAGGUCAUACAUUUCAGUUUAUAAAGUGUUUGGUCCAUACAUUUUCAAAGGGUUGUUCUUGAACUUUAGUAUAUUUGGAAAUAGAAAUCCUGUGACUUCAUUGCAAUGAGUUUUUAGAAAGGUCAAGAAAUUGUCCCCAAAUCUGUGAAAGGCUAACAGGUCAGAUGGACCCUCGCUUUAACUGAUUUAAAAAUUGAACUAAUUGUAAGAGUUAAUGAUAUGCAAAUGGAUAUGAUACCCUGGAAACCAUUUAAAAAGUUUAUUCUCAGCCAAACAUUGUCCCUGCUGCUGUGCUGAGGCUGAGCUGGAGGAUAAUGUUGGCUCGAUCAGCCUGCCCACUGAUUAUCUUUUUCCAUCUCUGGUCCAAAAAACAAUUUCAUAUUGAAGGUCGAUAGAUGACCUAAUGGGUCUCCUGACAUAUACAGUUAAGCUCCAAAUUAUUUUUAUUCAAAUCAGAUUUUUGAUAGAACAUGACACUGGCAACUCACAAAAGAGAAAAAAAAAAUAAAAAUAUUUGACAAGUUUUCUUUGCUAAUGAACUCCAAGUCUUUAAGGUUGAAGGGCCUCUUUGCCAUUACCCUAAUCUGUAGCUCCGCCCCCAGAUUCUCUAUCAGGACCCUGGCUUGGCAUUUCCAAAGUGAUUAUUCCUUCACUCAUAUGAAACGUUUUGGAGAAAAAAAAGAUUUACUUAAUUUUAACCAUCAUUUGUCCUGUAAUAAUUUUGAGCUUAUCUGUAAUCUGUUUCUGUAACAUUAUACCACGUUUAAGUCAUUUUAAAUUUGAAAAAUCUAAAAUGUUAGCCUUUCACAGCACUGGGUCUUUUAAGUUGUGAUGUUUUAGAAUACAGGUAGAGGAGCCAUUACUGAUAAUAAAGUCACUUAACAUCGCUUGAAAAAAAUUUGAACUUAAAGCUUCUUUAACAUUACUACCAAUUGUCUGUAUUAUCCAUACAUUUAAGUGUCUGAUAGAUCAAACUAAAUUCUUAUGAUAAUCAUAAACAUGCAAUUUUUUUUUUGUUUGCAAUAGACACCAGCCCACAUGGCUGUACUAAUUAAUAAUACUGAUAUUUUCUUUAUUUAAAGCGUUAUCCUUUUGUUUAUGCUAUUUUUUGUAGAGUGGAUCUGACUUUGCAGUUGUGUUUAAACUGAAGUACUUGUAGACAAAAAAAAAAAGACUGAAAGGUUGGACAGUGCGAUGUUGAUGGCCUGUUUUAUUUGAAUCUCCUAACUAAAAUCUUCAUAGAAAACCAAACCCAAUAAACUAGUGGUAAAAAAGUAAUUAAUUAGCUUUAUAGCAGUGGUUUACCACUUCACAUGGAGUUUAAUGUUAGAAGUAAAAAUUUACAGUAACUCAUGCCUGCCAAUAUUUUUUUCUUAGGUGUUUUUACCACUUUAUUGUUUUGACAUGUUGUAUUUGAUUAUCCAGUUAGGGACUUACUCUGAAUCAAUUGUUAAUUUUUUCGUUCAUAUGUGAUGAAAACAUACUGCUUGUUCACGUGGACAAAACCCCCUCUACCAACCCCAAAACCUGGGACUCUGGAAGACGCAGAGCUGCGGAUCUGCAGGAGAAAAAAAAAAAAAAAGGGCAGCGUGGUAUGUGUGAGUCCUUGCUGAUGAGGAAGCUUUUUAAGUUGUGUAGUCCAUCCUGCACCUGUGAUGACUUCUGUUUUAAGUGGAAAAAUAGAGCAAUGUACGCUUUGAUGUCAUGGGGAAAGGAAAAUCCGUAGUGCCCAUGCGAAGCUGUUCACGUAACUACAAGUGCGUUUGGGCACUUAAUGUGACCGAUUAUCAAUAAAUUGUUCAUGUGAAGGGAAAAUGUUUCUUCGAUGGAAGUGAAUUGACGAAACAAGCAUCAAUGCCUUAUUGUGUUUCCAAGGAGUUUGUCACUUGAAAUGUUGUUCCUGCUCAUGAGAGGGGAGACAAUUUGCAAGUUGUUUAGCUCCAGAGAGGAGAGACCCAUGUUUCCUAAGAGGAUUCCUAUUUGUUUAAAGGCCAGUUUUGGGAGCAGAAGUUGCCCCAUUUGUAACUUACCCCUCACAACUGUUCCUACUGACAUGCAAACACCUGAACAGGAUGGAGGAGCCGCCGUCUGCUCUUGUUUGAAUCCGGCUUGCAGAUGCAGUUUGGGAGGCGUGGCUUUGGAGCGAAUGGCAUCACAUUGAUGGUCUCUUGUUUGCAGCACUUUCCCAUGCAUUGGUUCUGGUCCUGAACAGGAGGGAGAAUUUCAUCGCUCUCUCACACACUCAAUUGUUGAGAUUGUGACAACUCUGAAAUUUGCAAAGCAACUACAAAUCGCUCCGUCUCCAUGCAGAGAUUUGGGCUGAUUUGUCUUUAACACACUUUGCCUGGUUUUACUCAGAUUUUACCCAUCAGGAAAGACAAUUGGCUCAGAUGUCAGCUAAGAAUGCUAUUGCUGGCCUCUCCUCUCUGAGGUGCCAUGUGAACCAGUUCCCUUCAUCACCUGGAGAUGAAGCCUCGGCUGGAAGGAUCCCACACAGCGGAUAUUCCUCACUGACGUUCCUCCAGGACCACUGUUUCUUCCCCCCAAAUCUGUGUAAAUGUUAAGGCCUCUUUACACACUCAGCUGCCAUCUAUUUUAGAUGAGUUAGAGUAAAAACAUGUUCAGUAAUCUGUGCCGAGGACCUUGAGAAACAUUGGCAUCAUGAGGAUCAAGGAGCACCUGCUUUUCCUCUCCUCCCGUCCAUCAGCUGACAGCCAGGACAGAGCAGGUAUAUCUGUGGUAGCUGUACAGAAACAGCACCAGGGUGAGUGAGAAACAGGGCUGCCUGCCAUGGCUGUAUCGGUGGCUUAGGCAGCAGGGGUGAGUAUAAAGUAUAGCACCACAUUUUCAAGACAGAUCAUACAUUCUUAUUUCUAUCAGUGAACAAUGUCUUCCCUUUACAGACCAGCUGCUUAAUAUUCAAUAUAAUAAAUUAAACUUUCAUAACAUGGAACAGAACCUUAAAAGGAGUAUAAAACUGAGUCCAAGUUGAAAAAGGGUCAAAUGUCUUUAAGGUCAAUAAAUCACUAUAAAAUAUAUAUAUAUAUACUUAAAUUGCCCCUCUAACAUUUAAUAAUCAGAUUUAUUAAUUUAUUUUUGCAUAAUUAUUAAGGUCCCUUGCUUUUUCCACAUUUUUUGCCACUUUUUAAGGAACUUAAUAAAUGAUCUGAAUUAAAUGAGCUUUACAUUAUGCCUACCAAAUACUGCACAUUUAGUUCAUUCUGUUGACGCAGUCUAUAGCCACAAGUCUAUUUAUAAAAAAGGGAAACAAUAAUAAACAUCAAUAUUAGGUUAAGAUUAAUAUGCGAGAAUUGGCAAAACAGCGAAUUUCCUCCCCUUUCCAUUAGCAUGUAAGAUAUAAAAUAUAAAGUUAAUCCCUGUAUGAUUUUAUCUAAGUCACAAAACUCAGUCUCUCCUGGGUUUUUGCUUCAGGCCCCAUAGAAAAAAAGUUUCAAUGUUCAAGACAAAUAUUAUUUUGUUUAUUACAUAUAUUCCUUUAAAUUAGGAUGAAGGGUUAGUGUGUGUUUAUCUUUUUAGGAUGCUAUUUCUAAUGUAGCUUUUUAGAGUUUUUUGGUCAUCAAACCACCGUUGAGAAGGUGAAAAAAGUAAAAAAGAAAAAUAAAUCCCUCUCCAUAUUACAGAGGGAUUUUCUUUAUGUUUUGCUUAAAUAUAGUGUUUACUAUUUAGUGUCAGUUAACAUCUUAUACCAGCUCAUAUUAUUGUUUUAAGAUUUAAAUUUAAGGUAGUCAUUUUACCUUUAAGCUGCUGCACCACAAUGGGAUUAGAUAUUUAGUAAAAUCAGUUACGUCACCAUAAAGUGUGAUAAAAUAAAAAUAAUCCAAGAGAUCUUCAACCUCAACCAGUGAACUGCUGCAUAUAGGCAGCAAUGUUCCCACUUUCAGGACGCCACAAUAAAGCUUAUAUAAAAUAAAUUCUUAAAUUAAAUGUCUAUUAUCUGAAUUUAAAUACAGUCCUUAAAUAUUGAAAAAAGAUUAUAGGGAAAGAAAUUUUAUCAUAUGCUAACAUUAAUUUAAUUAAAGAAAUAACAUGUGUAACUUACUAUUGAGUUGUACCAUUUUGGGUUAUCAUUUUCAAUUGACCUAGCAAAUUUGAUCAACUGUUAUUAUCAGCAUUUAUUCUGGGAUUAGAAAAGGGUUCCUGUAGUUUUUUAUUACCUUAAAUUGAAUAAUCUCAAUUAUGAAGUUAUGCCCUUCUUUUUUUUUUCUUUUUUCAGUUUAAUGUCCAGUAAAACUAAAGCAAUAAAAAAUCUAAAUGUAAUUCUUUACAUUUAGAAUUUUUGACCUUUUUAGUGUCUCCUCCGCAGAGUCUAAGAAGAUUGUAUUAGGUUUUUAAUGAAGUGUGAGUAAGUAGCCUGUAGCCAUCCAUUUUCUGACACUCUUUAUCCCAAGCGGGUCACAAGGGGUGCUGGUGCCUAUCUCCAGCUGCUUUCGGGUGAGAGGUGGGGUACAUCCUGGACAGGUCGCCAGUCCAUCGCAGGGCAAC